AUGAAUAGCGGCAGUAGCGGAAGCGGCGGUACAGGCGGUACAGGUAAAGUUCGUACCGAGCAACACGAAUUGGUCAACUUAGCUUCGAUGUAUCUGCCGUCACAUUCGACGAUGAAUGCCGAUGCAGAGGAAAGUACGGUAUAUUUAAGACAUCGUAAAACCUUUGAACUUGUACGAUGGUGUAACUUUUUGUCGACCAGAGGCAAAGCUGAACGAAUUGAUAUUGUUGCACGUGGCCAACUUUGA